AAUCGAAUCUCUCUUUCACACUUGUUGUAUUUGUGAAGCACACUAGCGCUCAGGCUUUGACUACAUACGUAUUCUCAGCUUCUAUUUUCAUUGGUUCAGUUGUUAUUUCUUGGAUAUUCGGAGGACCUCUUUUUAUAUUUUGUUGAAUUUUGUUACAAUGGAUUCGACUUUACGAGAACAAGUCAUGAUAAAUCAAUUUGUGCUAGCAGCAGGAUGUGCACAAGAACAAGCGAAACAGUUAUUGCAAGCUGCACACUGGCAAUUUGAGACAGCAUUAUCAAUAUUUUUUCAAGAAGUGGCAAUUCCCGCUGGUGCUAAUGGUAUUGCUGCACCACAUUAUCGUCAGCAAUUGAUGACACCCUGCAAUACUCCAGCCACACCUCCAAACUUCCCUGAUGCACUAGCGGCAUUCUCACGACUGUCGACGACGGGCAGCCCCAACAACGCGGGCGGUGGAGGGUGCGCGGUGCAGCUGCGCCCCUGUGUCCCCGCUCGCCACACACCCACCGCCCCUCCAGUGCCACAUGUGCAGAUGAACAUGUUCCCUGGCACUCCAAACCCUCAGACAAAUUAUUCUUCAAUCUCCUGCUCAACUGCCAUGUGCAGCGAAAACAUGCCAAGAUAAAUUGGAUGGUGUUAGUUUAGGAGCAUCUAUAAUUUAUUUUUCUAAUGGUGCGCAAUGUGAGCUGUGGAAUUGUGUAUGAAAUGUAUAUUACUUUAGGAAACACCCCAUAGCAGCGUUGGUUUGCUGGACAAUAUUUGGGGUGCUGUACUGUAGUCAAUCAUGUUAAAUUUAUUACAAAGUGUCGUAUCUACAUUAUAUAUAUUAUAUAUACAGAGGUUUCAGAAUGUGCACAAUAAAUACUAUGAAUUGUGUUAGUUUUUGGUAAUCGAAAUUUAUAAUGUGAUUGUAAAAAUAUUGUAACAGAAAUGUAAUCUUAAAUAAUCAUGACUUUAAUAACAUACAGAGUGAGAAUUUUGCUUUAGCUUCUAAAGUUAUCGUCAUACUUCGUUAAUUAUUUUAUAGUUAGAAUUGUGAAAUAAAAUCAUAUUGACUAACCCCAUUUAUAAUACUACAUGGACAUACCUUACUACAUAACCAAGUUAAACAAUAAUUAGUUAAAAAUAGUUCCAAUUAGCAGUUCUGGCAUAUGUUUUUUAUUUAUAAGUCAAGUUAUUAUUUUCUGGAGUUAGUCUCUAUCUACUUGACACAUUCUUCUAUUUAAGAAAGAAAAGUUCUUUACUAGUGGCGUUGUUUUUUGUGAAUUUCUUAAAAUUUAAUGUAAUUUAGUCAUAUUAAAUAACCUACAUAAAAUAAAACCGACCAAGUGCGAGUCGGACUCGCGCACCGUAAAAUAUACGCAGUAAAGUCGCAA